AUGACCGUCUCUGUACAAAAUUCCCCCUUCAAGGUCCUCGUCAUCGGCGGUUCCUAUGCUGGCAUCUCCGCCGCCCUCAACCUGAUCGAUCUCUGCACGGGCAAGACCCCAAGAUGUGGUGCAAAAGUUGAUGAUUCAGAGGCCUCAAAAAUCCCCAUCAACGUUGAUGUCACCAUCGUUGACGAGCGGGAUGGAUUCUUCCACAUAAUCGGCGCCCCUCUCGCUCUCGCAUCAAACAGCUACGCCGAAAAGGCCUGGGUCAAGUACUCGGACAUUGCAGCACUGCAACUACCAAACAUCCACAUCGUCCAAGGCACAGCAAAGACCGUAGACCCGGCCACCAAGACCGCAACCAUCACCCGGACCGAGCCGGCAGCAACAGCAGCGCAGACAAGCUCGGACGAAAUCAUCCCCUACGACUUUCUCGUGGCGGCCUCGGGUCUCCGUCGCGUGUGGCCCGUCGUCCCGCAGUCCCUGCGCCGCAAGCAGUACCUCGUCGAGACGGGGUCGCACGUGCAGGCCGUCUCGGGCGCGCGCAACGGCGUGCUUGUCGUGGGCGGCGGCGCCGUCGGCAUCGAGAUGGCCGCCGAGCUCAAGCUCGUCCAGCCGCACGUCAGGGUGACGCUCGCGCACUCGAGGGACAGACUGCUGUCGUCCGAGGCGCUGUCGGACGAGUGCAAGGACGUCGCGCUCCGCCUGCUGCGCGAGGCCGGCGUCGAGGUGCUGAUGGGCCACCGCAUCGCCGAGCAGGUCGAGCUGACGACCGAGGACGGCUGCCGGGCGGUCGAGGCGAGGUUUGAGAACGGCCACAGGCUCGUGGUCGAUAAAGUCAUCAUGGCCAUUUCCAAGAGCGUGCCGUCGUCGACUUAUCUGCCCCUGGAGGCCUUGGAUGCUGAGGGUUAUGUGAAGAUCCAGCCUAGCCUAGCUUUCCCACCCUCUGUCCCCAACGCGGAAUACCACUUUGCGCCCGGCGACCUGGCCCUCUGGUCCGGCAUCAAGCGCUGCGGCGGCGCCAUGCACAUGGGCUUCUGCGCCGCCACAAACAUGCACCAGCUGAUGCUACAGCAGAUGAGCGCAGGACAGCACACCUCCAAGCCUAUCAAGCUCCGCGAGUUCCCACCCAUGAUCGGGUUGGCGGUUGGCAAAAAGGCAGUGUCGUACAGCCCAGACGCAGGGACCAAUUCGGGCGAGGAUGUAAACGAGAUGUUUUUCGGCAACGAUCUGGGGUUUUCUAUUUGCUGGAAUUACCUGAGGCUUGGGGGAGACAAAGAGACGGACAAGAUCUAG